AGCACAGCCGAUUUGGUCGUGCGACCAAAGGGCACGGAACCGGGAAGCUAUUUCCAUAUCACAAAGGUGACUCAAGAGAAACAAGUGAAAGGAGAAGAAGUGAAUCGGAAUCAAGCGUUUUCGAUAGAGAAUCCCCGUACGACAUCAGUGUCUUGA